UAGUUUCAGAAUCCAAAAUCUGCCAUGUGUCUUCUUUAAAUAUUUAGGAAGAUUAUUAAGCAGAUUCUUUAGGAGGUUUUAGUAUUUCUCUUUUGCUCUUUUGACCUUUUCGUGGAUUCGUUUAUUAGUUGUUCUCUUCUUUUUUUUUGUAAUUCCCUUUUUGUUUUCUUUGUUUUCUUUGUUUUCUUGGAAACACAUUCUCUGUUUGACAUAUAUAUAUAUUCUUCCCUAUCUCUACCGAGGAGGUAAUCCCAGCGAGAGAAUAUACACAGAUAUAGUGUGUGUGUGUGUGUAUAUAUCCCAAGAAAUUGCCUUUUCAGCUACCCGUAUUUAUUUGAUUUGCUGUUUGUUCACUUCACAUAUUGAAGUCAGUCCCCUUCUUGCCAAAGAGAUCUUUCUUAUUCGUGCACAAAGCUUGCGGCUGUGGGGACGCAUUCAUCAACCUGUCGGGCAUUCUCUGUUUCUUUUUCUUGGGAUUCACUCGCCAGACCAAUUCAGAGCCAAAAGCAGGUUGUUUUGAAGAGCCCAAUAUCAGUUGACAUGAGCCAAAAGGGUGGCGGAAAAGCCACACUUGUGCCGGUGGAGCUUCCCAUGAAGCGCAAGCGUGGUCGGCCUCGUAAAGGGGAGGGUUCCCCCUCAGCUCAAGUUGAAAAGCCGCAACCUCAUCCUCCUCAACCUCCAUCAUCUGCGCAAGCAAACCAACAAAAGAACACCCAAGAGGUCGAAGAAAAGCCACCCUCACCAGGUCCUAUAGGAGGAAACAACAAGAUCACCAAUGGUGACAACUCUGACUCAAUGGUGGGUCAGGUGGUUCACGGUGUCAUUGAUGCUGAUUUUGGUGACGGUUACCUUUUCUCUGCCAUUGUUGGGGGAAUCAGCAUGAGGGGAGUCGCUCUGAAAGCAGGUCGGGUAGCUCCGGUCACUGCAGCAAAUGAUGUGGCCCCAUAUGCUAAGAUGUUACGGAGGCAGGAAAUUCCAUUCCCAAACAUUGGUCCACAGACUCAAGUGGAGAGUGCAGCACCAGCUUCCAUUGUCCCAAGCAAUGCAGCAGGUCAGAAGGUUACUGAGACUGGAGGUGAAACCCAACCUGUGAAUGAAGAAGACCCUGCUUUGGUACAGAAACCCGAUGAGGAUAUGAAGGAAGCUGCGGAAGACUCAAAGUCAGGUCCUGCGUCAGGAUCACCCAGCGAUCUGGCGCCAGGUCAUGAAGUUCAAGCAGCAGAUUCAGAGCUGAAGUCAAGCGGACCCGAGCCCGUCCAUGCUGAACCCACAGAGCAGGAUGUUGAGCUUGAGCAGGCUCCUGACCUGAGGUCUUCAUCCCCUAAAAGCCCGAUACCUGAGACAACCGUUGAAGCUAUUCAAGAAGUGGCCAUGGACUCCAAAUCUAAGCCCAAUGCUGUGGCCAUUGACGAAAUGAAGGCUGAUCUCAUCGAGCCUGAUCGGGUUCCUCUUUCUGCGGAGCCUAAGAAGGCCUCUUCUCCCCAAAAGCAAGCUGAUACUCUGGCUGGCCCUGAACCUGACUCGUUUGCUGAGAUGACACUCACGCUGGGACUCAACCAAUCCUUCAGUUCUUCAGAAGUUGAGAGCAAGUCUGCAGGCCCCAAGCCUAAGAAGUCCGAACCCAUUCCAGAUGUUGGGUUCAACCUUAACAUUGGGAUGGGCCAGACCCCUCCUACUACUCCAACAGAUCCUGAGCCACUGAUGAUUCUCGUACCAGGCUUGGAACUUGCUGGCAGUUCUGUGGAUGGUUCUGCAACUCCUCCGCUAAAGGAUAAUGCGAUGAACGCUCCGAGCAGGGAUAAUAGAUUGGGUGUGGAAGUCGGGCCUGCUGAUGCUGAUGCUGGCGAUGCCAAGGUGGCUGAAGGAUCUAUUGCCUCCUGAAUAGAAUGAAUAGGUGCUCUUUUGGAAUUAGUUUCAGCUAUAGUUAGUGCUAAAGGCGUUUCAUAGAUUACCCGAUCUUUCAAAAUUGUCUUCGUUGAGUAUGCAGUCGUUUAUGGUCUUACAUUAGCGAGAAACUAUUAAAAUGCUUCUGUUAAGGUCUUACUAAUGAACUAGCCUAGCGCAAAUUUGGAGUGU